CACCUUUUAAAUCUCCUCCUCCCACCAUCUGCUUUCGAAAUUUUCUUCCUUCUGCUCUUCGUCUCGCAUACCCGGUUCAAGCAUCCGAUCUGCGAAUUUUCAAUUUAGUCAAGGACUACACAGCUCUCACGCUACAUUUCACAAACCGCAAAAAUGGGUAAGGAGGAGAAGACUCACAUCAACGUGGUCGUCAUCAGCCACGUCGACUCCGGCAAGUCGACCACCACUGGUCACUUGAUCUACCAGUGCGGUGGUAUCGACAAGCGUACCAUCGAGAAGUUCGAGAAGGAAGCCGCCGAACUCGGCAAGGGUUCCUUCAAGUACGCUUGGGUUCUUGACAAGCUCAAGGCCGAGCGUGAGCGUGGUAUCACCAUCGACAUUGCCCUGUGGAAGUUCGAGACUCCCAAGUACUAUGUCACCGUCAUUGACGCCCCCGGCCACCGUGAUUUCAUCAAGAACAUGAUCACUGGUACUUCCCAGGCCGAUUGCGCCAUUCUCAUCAUUGCCGCCGGUACUGGUGAGUUCGAGGCUGGUAUCUCCAAGGAUGGCCAGACCCGUGAGCACGCUCUGCUCGCCUACACCCUGGGUGUCAAGCAGCUCAUCGUCGCCAUCAACAAGAUGGACACUGCCAACUGGGCCGAGGCUCGUUACCAGGAAAUCAUCAAGGAGACCUCCAACUUCAUUAAGAAGGUCGGCUUCAACCCCAAGGCUGUUGCUUUCGUCCCCAUCUCCGGUUUCAACGGUGACAACAUGCUCCAGCCCUCCACCAACUGCCCCUGGUACAAGGGCUGGGAGAAGGAGACCAAGGCUGGCAAGUUCACCGGCAAGACCCUCCUUGAGGCCAUCGACUCCAUCGAGCCCCCCAAGCGUCCCACGGACAAGCCCCUCCGUCUUCCCCUCCAGGAUGUGUACAAGAUCGGUGGUAUCGGAACGGUUCCCGUCGGCCGUAUCGAGACUGGUGUCCUCAAGCCCGGUAUGGUCGUUACCUUCGCUCCUUCCAACGUCACCACUGAAGUCAAGUCCGUCGAGAUGCACCACGAGCAGCUCGUUGAGGGUGUUCCCGGUGACAACGUUGGUUUCAACGUGAAGAACGUUUCCGUCAAGGAAAUCCGCCGUGGUAACGUUGCCGGUGACUCCAAGAACGACCCCCCCAUGGGUGCCGCUUCUUUCACCGCCCAGGUCAUCGUCAUGAACCACCCCGGUCAGGUCGGUGCCGGCUACGCCCCCGUCCUUGACUGCCACACUGCCCACAUUGCCUGCAAGUUCGCCGAGCUCCAGGAGAAGAUCGACCGCCGUACCGGUAAGGCUACCGAGACUGCCCCCAAGUUCAUCAAGUCCGGUGACUCUGCCAUCGUCAAGAUGAUUCCCUCCAAGCCCAUGUGCGUUGAGGCUUUCACCGACUACCCUCCCCUGGGUCGUUUCGCCGUCCGUGACAUGCGACAGACCGUCGCUGUCGGUGUCAUCAAGGCUGUCGACAAGUCCGCUGCCAAGGCCACCAAGAAAUAAGCGAUACCCAUCAUCAACACCUGAUGUUCUGGGGUCCCUCGUGAGGUUUCUCCAGUGGGGCACCGUGCGCUCACUUCUACGACGAAACGAUCAAUGUUGCUAUGCAUGAGCCUUCGACUAUGUAUCGAGGCGCGUUAAUUGAGAGGCUGGGAAUAAGGGUUCCAUCAGAACUUCUCCGGGAAUGCAAAACAAAAGGGAACAAAAAAAACUAGAUAGAAGUGAAUUGAUAACUUCG